GAACACAGAAAAAGGUCGCAGUUCAUAGUUCGAGGAGAAGUCGUUUUCAACGCCUGCCAGAUGAGUUAAGCUACAAUAUUCAGUCUCCCUUCACAUAUUACAAAUAGUAUCGAGAACAGUGAUAAUUACAUAAUGUCGAGAAAGUCAAAUUUACAGUAAAUACGUGUUGUUUUUGCCGUAUUUUCAUGCGCAGGAAGUCGGUGUUGAAUUUUGAGGUGACAUCUUUGCUGCACGGUUGAAUAACAUAGCAAGUUAGCUCUAAACUGGGAGGCAGGGAUAAACAAAUAGUCAUAACACACUGCUUUAUCUUAACAGACAACCGUUAGUUAUGGCAUUUCAGUUGUUCAGUUAACAUACAGCAUUCAGUGACACGAUGUCGGCGUUGUUGUUGCAGCACCGCGCUGCGUUGUGUAGAAAAUACAGCAGAGCGUUAAUGUUGACGCUGUCAAGGCGAAACUCUCGUUGUUUAGCGAACAAGCUGAAAUCCAGCGUAAGUGCUAACAAUGUGCUGCCCGGCUGGGAUGUCGUCAGAAAGAUGCUCCUCUCAAAAUCAGAGCCGACACUUGUAAGUCAGCCGGAAAAACUCAUUCAGAGUCUUCUCCACAGACCUUUGGGUCACGGCAUGGUGGGAUUUAGCAAAGAGUUAAUCAGGAGCAAUCUGUUGAGGAACCCUGUUGGUUUAAUAAAUAUAUUAGGGGCAACAAACUUCUUCAGUACAACUCAGUCUAAACAAGCAAAAAAUAAAAGCAAUGGACCAAAGGGAAACACUCCAGAGGAAGAUGAAGAAGAGAAGAAACGUCGUGAGCAAGGGGACCAGGCGAACCGGGAACGCAUCCGAACCCUCAUAAUUAUAGCGCUCUUCGCAUUCCUGUUGAACUCCUUCAAUACCAGCGGUGGUAACAUCUCUUGGAAUGACUUUGUCAAUGAGAUGCUGGCUAAGGGAGAGGUGUCACGUGUGCAAGUCGUUCCCGAGAGCGACAUUGUAGAAAUCUACCUUCAUCCUGGAGCGGUCAUCUUCGGAAGGCCUAGGCUGGCACUUAUGUACAGAAUGCAGGUUGCCAACAUCGACAGAUUUGAGGAGAAGCUGAGAAAUGCCGAAGAAGAGCUGAAUAUUGACACCAAGGACAGGAUACCGGUGACCUACAAACGCACUGGAUUCUUUGGAAAUGCGGUCUAUGCUCUGGGGAUGGCCGCUCUUGCCGUGGGUUUUUUCUGGUAUAUGUCUCGACUAACAGGCAUAGGUGGCCGAGAGGGCGGCUUCAGUGCUUUUAAUCAGUUGAAGAUGGCCAAGUUCACCAUUGUGGACGGCAAGUCGGGUAAAGGUGUGAGUUUCAAAGAUGUAGCAGGCAUGUACGAGGCUAAGACGGAAGUAAAGGAAUUUGUUGACUACCUCAAGAACCCAGAACGAUACCUCCAGCUUGGAGCCAAGGUUCCCAAAGGUGCAUUGCUGCUUGGGCCUCCAGGCUGUGGGAAGACCUUGCUGGCUAAGGCUGUGGCCACUGAGGCCCAGGUGCCGUUUCUGGCUAUGGCUGGUUCUGAGUUUGUGGAGGUCAUUGGAGGCCUGGGUGCUGCUAGGGUGAGGAGUCUGUUCAAGGAGGCUCGAGGCCGUGCACCCUGCAUCGUCUACAUCGACGAGAUUGAUGCCGUGGGAAAGAAGCGAUCCACCAGCAUGUCGGGUUUCUCCAACACUGAAGAGGAGCAGACCCUCAACCAGUUGCUGGUAGAGAUGGAUGGAAUGGGAACGACGGACCACGUGAUUGUCCUUGCUUCCACUAACAGAGCAGACAUCUUGGACAAUGCUCUCAUGAGACCAGGCAGACUGGACAGGCACAUCUUUAUAGAUCUGCCCACACUACAGGAGAGGAAGGAGAUCUUCGAGCAACAUCUGAAGAUUUUGAAGCUGACCCAACCUGCUAAAUUCUACUCUCUGCGUCUGGCUGAGCUCACGCCAGGCUUCAGUGGUGCAGACAUUGCUAACAUUUGUAACGAGGCUGCACUGCAUGCUGCCAGAGAGGGGCACAAGUCCAUCGAUACGUUUAACUUUGAGUAUGCUGUGGAAAGAGUAAUAGCAGGAAGUGCAAAGAAGAGUAAGAUCCUGUCUAAAGAGGAGCAGAGGGUGGUUGCCUUCCAUGAGUCUGGACAUGCCUUAGUGGGAUGGUUACUUGAGCACACAGAGGCAGUCAUGAAGGUGUCCAUUGCCCCACGGACCAAUGCAGCGCUGGGAUUCGCCCAGAUCCUACCUCGUGACCAGUACCUGUUCACCAAGGAGCAGCUGUUUGAGCGGAUGUGUAUGGCUCUGGGAGGAAGAACCGCUGAGGCUAUCACCUUUAACAAGGUUACAACAGGAGCUCAGGAUGACUUGCGUAAGGUGACCCGUGUGGCCUACUCAAUGGUGAAGCAGUACGGUAUGUGUGACAGCGUCGGCCACGUCUCGUUCCCAGACGCAGAAGAGCAAGGUGCCGUUGGACGCCGUCCUUUCAGCCAGGGCUUGCAGGAGCAGAUGGACCAUGAGGCUAAGAUGCUGGUAGCUCGUGCUUACAGGCACACAGAGAAGCUGCUUCUGGACAACAGGGACAAGUUGAAACUGUUGGCCAAUGCACUGUUAGAACGUGAAGUGGUGAACUACGACGACAUUGAGGCCCUGCUGGGUCCACCUCCUCAUGGUCCCAAGAAGAUGAUCGUCCCACAGAGCUGGUUGGAGGCUGAGAGGGACAAACAAGACACAGGAGAAGACGAUCCUCAGCCACCACCCAGCAAACACGGGGAGGAAUAUGCAGAUCCGCAGCCAGUGUGAUCUUAAAAUGGACAUCUCAGAAUUAUUUUUAUCGCUGCUGCUUUUUGUGGGAAUCAUCAGGGACAAGGAGAAUUUUCCAAAACCUGGGACUGAUUCCUGGGACGGAUUUUUUUUUCAGAUAGCUGAUGUGUUAGAUCAUCUGAAAAAGGCCUAAAAAAGCUUGUGCAGUUUUAAAAAUGGUCAUUUUGUGAGGAAUGUCAUUAUUUUUCUCGUCGCAUUAUUAUGCCAGAGAUGCACUAAAAACAAAUCAGGAAGUCUCUAAGUAACCAAAAGUGCAGUCUAGAAAAACUCUAAACGACAUUUUCACUGUAUGAGCAGACAACAGUUGAUAUGCUCUUCCCAAACACUGUGUGCUCAUGCAUGAACCUGCAGUGGAUUCAUCUUAUACAGACAUACUGUAUCAUACACAGGUUUGGAUUUCAAGUGUUUCUUUUGAGAAUUUGUGUUAUUUCAUAUUUGAAACUGACAGAUUAGCACAUGCAUAUGAAUAACUCAAGUCAUUCUACACACACACAAAAGCUGACCAAUAAAUUUGCAUUCAUUCAGAUGACUCACAGUUACACAAACAUAUUAAUGGUUCGAUAAUCAGGUUUGCUGCAGUAAAGAAUUAGAACAGACUGUAGUAGAUUGCUGUGGACGUGUGUACUCAAGAGGAAACUAGAUUUUACAUUUGGAAGCACCCCUUUCACGCUGAAACAUCAAAACUUCUGUUUCGUUGAUGAUUAAGCAGCAGGUAUGACAUGAAACACUUUCUCGCAUUGUUACAUUUACAGAUUGAGUGAACAGAUGGAAUAGGCCGAGUUAGGGUUUUCUUUGUAUUAGCGGCUGUUUGGUUUGAUUACCACAAAUAAAUGUGGACACUCAAAAGAUGAUGUUGCUAAAUAUCAAAAUAAAGAUUUAUUUAAACUUUA